GGCCAUAAUAACCACCCAACAAGGCGUUGUGCUACUAUGAGGGGGAAAUACCAAUCCGGACCGAGGAUACGGACGGUUCUGGGUUAGCUCUUGGUCGAGGCAUGGCAGCAUGGGCCUGGGGCUCUGAGGAUGCUUCAGAGGACCCAUGCCUGACCCACCACUGAGGCUUGAACGGAAUCCGUAGUCUGAGCAGAAUGACUCAGCAAAAGGGGGGACCCCCGAAUAGCAAGUGAAGAGACAUAAGGAUGGGGGCCAAUGGAUCCAGCUAUCCACACUCAUGCUCCCCACGCAUUGGGGGAAAUACACAGGCUCAGCAGACUUUUAUAGGUACCUCAUCUUACUCUCAGCAGGGAUAUGGCUGGGAGUCAAAGCUGUAUAGCCUGGAGCACGGCCAUGAGCGGCCCACAGACAGGAAGAAGAAGAGUCUUGGUCUGGCAACUCUCAAACGGAGGUUCAUCAAAAGGAGGAAGUCGAGCCGCUCAGCAGAUCACGCGCGGCAGAUGCGGGAACUUUUGUCAGGGUGGGACGUCCGCGACUCUAACGCCCUGGUGGAGGAGUAUGAGGGAACAGCAGCCCUCAAGGAGCUGAGCUUCCAGGCCAGUCUGGCUCGUGCUGAGGCUCCCAACUUGCAGCGGGAUCUGGCUGCUCUCUACCAGCACAAAUAUUGCACUGACGUAGAUCUCAUCUUCCAAAGUACAUGUUUCCCAGCUCACAGGGCCAUCUUGGCUGCCCGCUGCCCCUUUUUCAAAACUUUGCUUUCCUCUUCUCCUGGUUAUGGAGCAGAGGUUCUCAUGGACAUUGACACAGCUGGCAUUGAUGUGCCCAUGUUCUCUGCCCUGCUUCACUACUUGUACACCGGGGAGUUUGGGGUGGGCGGAGCCGAAGAUACCAGGCUGCAAAAUGUGGAUGUACUGGUUCAGCUCAGUGAGGAGUUUGGAACACCGAACUCCCUGGAGGCUGAUAUGAAGGGCUUGUUUGACUACAUGUGCUACUAUGAUGCUCUGCUCAGCUUUUCUUCAGACUCUGAGAUGAUAGAGAGCUGUAACGAGAGAGGGGCUGUGGCUGCAGCACCAGCAGCAGUCUCAGGAGCCAGUGGGGCACCAGAGACCCCAGACGAGGACCUUAGGGCUCACAAGGCUAUUCUCUCAGCACGCUCCCCAUUCUUUAGAAACCUUCUGCAGAGGCGUAUUCGCACAGGAGAGGAAAUGACAGAGCGCACAUUGCAGACUCCCACCAGAAUAGUGCUGGAUGAAUCCAUCAUCCCACGGAAAUAUGUGCAGGUCAUUCUUCACUGCAUGUACACUGACCUUGUUGACCUCAGCCUGGUGCUGCGUGGCAGCCCUUCAGCAGGCAGCCUCGGUGAGGUGCAAGCCCUUGUUUCAGGGGGCCGUGGCGCCAGUACACGCACAGAGGAGGCCAUGGAGCUGUACCACAUUGCCUUGUUUCUGGAGUUCAGCAUGCUCGCUCAAGGAUGUGAAGACAUCAUUGUUGAAAGUUUGUCACUGGACUCACUGGUUCCUAUUUUGAAGUGGAGCUCCCAGCCGUAUGGCUCCAAGUGGGUCCACAGGCAGGCAAUGCACUUCCUCUGCGAAGAGUUCAGUCAGGUCGUCACCUCUGAUGUUCUCUACGAGCUCGGCAAAGAACACCUUCUCAGCGCAAUUCAAUCUGACUACCUUCAGGCCAGUGAACAGGACAUUCUCAAAUACGUUGUUAAGUGGGGCGAACAGCAGCUUAUUAAAAGGAUGGCAGACAGGGAGCCCAACCUGUUGAGUGGCACAGCCCACAGCGUCAACAAAAGGGGAGUGAAAAGGCGGGACCUGGAUGUAGAGGAGCUGAAGGAGAUCCUGUCUCCCCUCCUGCCCUACAUCCGAACUGAGCACAUCUUGCCUCCCAACAGUGAUGUCCUCGCCGACGCGCUUAAGAGGGGUUUGAUUAGUACCCCCCCAUCAGACAUGCUGCCCACGGCUGAGGGUGGAAAAGCCAACGCCUGGUUACGGCAGAAGAAUGCAGGAAUCUAUGUGCGUCCUCGACUCUUCUCCCCUUACGUUGAGGAGGCUAAGUCUGUGCUUGAUGAAAUGAUGGUGGAGCAGACAGACUUGGUACGUUUGCGACUGGUGCGCAUGUCAAACGUCCCAGACACACUCUACAUGGUCAACAACGCCGUGCCUCAGUGCUGUCACAUGAUCAACCACCAACAAAUGGCAUGCAACACGAGCGCAGCUCCAUCGGUUGUGGCUAACGAAAUUCCAGUGCCUCCACUGUCUGUAGUAAAGAAUAUGAUUCGACGACUGCACGAACUGAGACAUACAGAGCAGGUCCAGCGAGCCUAUGCACUUAACUGCGGUGAGGGAGCCACAGUCAGCUACGAGCUGCAGCUUCGGGUGCUGAGGGAGUUCGGUCUGGCAGAUGGAGCCACGGAGCUCCUGCAGAACCCAUCCAAGUUCUUUCCGGAUGAGCGGUUCGGAGAUGAGAGUCCAAUUCUGGCCCUGCGCCAGGUGGGUCGCUGUCGAGUAAACAGCAGUCCAGCCAUGGACAGCAUGAUAACAGAGCUGGAAGGGGUAGUAGGUUUCCACCCACCCCUACCUCCUCCACCUCCCCCUUAUCACCCCCCUACCACACCCAGCCAUGCCCAGCUCAAGGGCGCCUGGCGGCCUCGUGUGCCCCUUCCGACCCCCACUCGUUCCUUCUCCUACCCCUGCAACCGCAGUCUGAUCCAGCGCCAUGCAGCCUCCAAGCAUGGCAGUUCAGAGUACUCAUCUGCACCCAGGUCCCAGCCCCCAGACUGCACCAACCCACAGGCUAUGGGCCGAACCUUGCUCUCAGACCAGCAAGUGAUGAGUGUGGAGCCUGUUAUAAGGGAGUUCAUGCCUGAUAUUGCACUUGGUGUCUCAGUCAUGUCCCUGAGGGAGCAGCACAUGGCAGAGAUGGACAGGGAAGGUCCUCGCAGCCCCAUGGGACCUUCAGGCCACUAUCUGCCCCAUGGGUCCUGUCCUUCUGCCCGCCUUAACCAUGGCUAUGGUCCCGGACAUGGCCACUCCUGCAAGAGACACGCUCCAGAACCCAAACUAGAAGUUCAAGCCGAGUUCCCUGACCUGUAUGAUUUCUCCUGUCGACCUGCAACACCAACUUCCUCUCACCCUCUGGCCACAUUUCCAGGACCAGAUCUUUACAGCCACAGCUGCAACCCAUCCGGGUCAUAUCCCCCUCCUUAUGUUUCUGACUGUCAGCCCCACAGCCACACGCUAGGACGGUCUGCUCCCGACCCUCUAAGACUGGAUGUUCUCAGUAUAAAAUCCCAGAGGCAUGAGGGAGUCCUUGCCAGCCCCUCUGGGCCUCAGUCCAGGAUGGGACAGUUCCCUAAGGGGCGACCAAAUGAGACAGACCUGACUCAUGGAUUAGGUCAUUUACGGUCCCCCAGUGGAAAUAUGAACAGCUAUGAAGAGAGGCACAUAGGACCGAGAGAUGCUCCAGAAGAAAUGGUUUUAGGUGGAGAGUCAUCAGGUCCAGUGCCCCUCCAGCAGCCCCACAGAAACAGUGUCAGCGAAGAUCUUGUCAGAGACCGCAGGUCGCCCAGCAAACCUGACUACCCUUAUAAAAAAUCAGCACUUUAACCCCAGUUCAGGACCAGGGGGUUUGAGUUAAGAAAGGGAAAAACAUGAGUGGUUGUUCAUCAAAAUGGACGGCAAAGCACUAAA